AUGUGGACUCAGAGCCCUGUUGAGCUCUCAAAUUUUGCUGUAUGUAUGCCUUCUUUAUUGCUCACUUCUCUCCUAUUCUUCUCAGGCAACAAAGGAGCUGGUAGAAUUCCACUGAAUUGGGAAAUCAGGUCUGGCAUUGCCCUUGUUGGACCCUCGUCCACCCCCAACCGUGUUGCAGGCUAUCAUGCACCAAAUGGUUUCCAGCUGAGACACAAGGCAAGGGGCUGGUUACACAACAUGGUUUCACCACAAGACCUUAUGCUGCAAUUGUUUUCACUGCAAAGGCAGGGGACAAGUCCAAAUCGGAAUGGAGAGAAUUCAUCCGCUGGACUGGACCUGCUAGAACUUAUUUUAACGUUUGAUGCCAACAGUGAUGGUUCAUCAGACGAAGGCAGAGAUAACUCCGGUGCUGAAGACUGUUUUGAAUGA